ACACUCUCAAAUAUAUUAAGCGUGAAUUGAGCAGUAAUUGCCUGCAGAAAUUUGGCUGUAUCCUGAAACACUUUUCAGCUAAUAUUGCAAUAUUCUGUUUUUAUAUAUAUGAAGAAAGCAGUCUCCUUUGAAAUUAUUGUAGGCCUAAGGUUUUCUAAUGUAAGAAGAGCUUUGCUUCGUCUACAUGUUAAAGCAAAGCAAAGCCAAUCACUGAAGAAGUAUCUUUGAUUUUCCUGAGGGGAUCCUUUGAAAACCAAAGUAAAUACCAAGAGAUUUAGUUCUUCCAUGCAGACGAAAAUGAUGCUUUUAUCUUGACUGGCCAUGAAACAGUGGUAGAUCUACUACUGAAAUCACAUGGGUGAGGGCACAGCCUAAAGCAGAAUUCGUGGUCAGUCCUAACUUGCAGCCCAAGGCCAAGCUUUUUCUUACACUCUCUUUCCUAUGAGCAAGCCACAAAGUCAGAAAAUUCAGCAAAAUGUUUGUCACCUCCAUAAAAUCAGGAAGCCUUUCCAUUAUUUUGCAAUAUGGUUAGGCUUCUUGAAGGGAUGGUCAAACGAAGUUUUAGUACAGGAAGUGUAGACAGGCCAAGAGUUAGACAUUCAGAUGCAAAUAGUGAAAUACUACUAACAAGACAACAGCAAGUAUUGCAAUAACAAGACAACAAGUAUUGCAAUAACAAGACAACAGCAAGUAUUGCUAUAGGGGAUUCCAAGAUCUUCAGCCCUUAAACAGCUCUCCCUGCAGCUCUUCCCAAAAUUCCUACGGAAAAUCAAUGGUAGCUGUAAAUAGUCUAUUAAAAAAAACAAAACUUGUCAAUUCACAGACCCUCUGGGAACCACAAAUAGAUGGUCAGUGAUUCCUGCAAAAAACCCCCAUGUUUUAAUUUGAGUGCAUAAGUCCUUGGAAAACACUUGCCUAAGCAUCUAUUAAUUUGUUAACUUAUGAUAGCCUCAGGAGAAGGCACUGCAGUUAAGAAUUCACUGGUGUCUCUUCAGGACAGGAGGCUGCAAAAGUCUCUGCAAUGAAGCAUUUAAAAAUUAACCUGGUAACAAAGUUCAUGGUGAAGCUGUGCAAUUUGUUUUCUCGAACUAGAUUUGGUCCAACAUUUUUCUUAACUACUUAAACACAGCAGUUUGUGAUUUCAGGGUAAGGAAGGAGAUUUAUUGCACCAGACUAUUGAUGGUCUGCAACUAAGUAAUUAAUGAGAAAUAAUUGCGUGUUAUGAGCCUGGUGGCAGUGAUGCGAGACCUUACAGACCAUGAGGGACAGAACUUGUUCAGACUUGAUCAUGUGAAUACGUGUGUGUGUAAUUGGUAGUAUACUUAAAAGAGCUGCUUUCUUGCCUUGGUUUGUUUAUCUCCCUAGCUAAAUAUGUGGUUUAUAGGAUCUUUUGUCAUAGAUGUCAUGAAACAGGACAUGAAAGUGAUUCUUCUUUAAAAUGUCUGGAAAUAAUUAUACGUCUUUCUUCUGACACUUUGUGUCUUUCUUCUUUGAGCACAUCAUGGGAGAAGGAGAGCUACCUGGGCUUUUGGUAAAUGAAAUCGGUGGCAAACAUGGGAUAUUGCAUGGCCAUAUCCUGGCAUUCCUGAAGAAACAUUUCUACCUCAUCACCAUGAAGGAAUUUCUUGAAGACAGAAAGCGUAUGAGUAAAAAGGUCCAAGCGAUCUAUUUGUGGUGGCACAAACCAGUCAUUGACCAAGAGCUCCUCCAGAGCCUACCAAACUUGAAAGUGAUUGCGAAUCCAGGAGUAGGGAUGGAUCACCUGGAUCUGAAGCUUGUCGCUCGCUUCGGUGUGAAGAUGGCUAAUGCUCCAUGUGCUGUUUCCAGCAGCACAGCAGAUACUGGGAUGGCUUUGCUGCUGGCAUCUGCUAGAAGACUAGUGGAAGGCUAUCACAUUGCAAUGUCUUCAGGUAUGGAGUACUGUGAAACUGAUUUUCUGGGAGCUGAAGUUACUGGAGCUACUCUAGGGAUUAUUGGCAUGGGCAGCAUUGGGUAUAAGAUUGCUCUGAGAGCCAAAGCGUUUAAAAUGAACAUUUUGUACCACAACAGGACACAGAGGAAAGAGCAAGAGGAGCAAGCUGUCGGCACCACUUAUUGCGAAAAGAUAGACGGCUUGCUCCAGCGGGCAGAUUUUGUGAUGGUGGUGGUGAGCCUGACACCUCAGACGCACAAGCUGAUCGGGAAAAGAGAGAUGGAGCUGAUGAAGCCCACGGCUACUCUCAUUAACAUCAGCCGAGGUGCAGCAGUUGACCAAGAGGCGCUGGUGACAGCUCUGCAGACCGGUGUUAUCAGGGCCGCAGCUUUGGAUGUCACCCACCCCGAGCCACUGCCCAGAGAUCAUACGUUGUUAAAAUUAAAGAACGUCAUUAUAACGCCUCACCUCAGCAUCAAAACAGACAAGGCCACCUACAUGAUAACAGAGGAAGCAGUUGAAAAAACAUACUAGCGGCUCUUAAUGGUCUCCCCAUACCCAGUGAAGUGCUCCCUAGCUGAUGGGCAAAAGGAUAUCACGGCUCUCUUUUUAUUCUUCUGUUUCCUCCCAUCAGCUCUUAAGGUUUUUAUUCUUAGAUUUUCUCCAUUAAGAGAAACCUGUUCCAAGUGGACACGGAAAGCGCUGGCUUGGUCUCACAUGUCAUUAAAAAACAGCUUUUACAUUUUAAUUUCCUUGCAAAUUGGAGGAAUAAAUUACUUUUCACUUCCAACCAUAGAUAGAUGCAUGCAGGUUUUAAGUGGCUCUGGGAAAAACAACUUCUGAUUGCCAAUGCACUUCUUGCUAGGCUCCCUAGUCCUAAAGAAAAUGCCAUUUUUAGAUUACAUAAUUCACUUUGUUCCCAUUCUACUAACUAUCAAAAACAACAAAAUAAGCUACCUGGCUAGAAAAAUGACCGACUUUCCAUAUGGACACCUGCAUUUAAACUAGCUCCUGAAACACAAAAUGCUGAGGCAAAAGUCAGUUUUCAGGAAUGUACUCAGAAUCACUUAUUUAAAGCAGACUGGAUUUUAGAAGACAAUUUAAAGUACUAGCACAAAGGAAAAUUAGUCUUCAAGAUGAACAUGCUACUAUGUUUGUAAUACCAAACUUAUGUGCAGUCUACCUCCAGAUUUCCAUCUUUGUGCAAAUAUUUGCAAGAACGGUUGGAGCCCUCUAAGCCUCCAGCACCAUCCUGUAAAUUAGUGGGAACACAAAAGGCUGUAAAAACACACGCAGCAUUAAAAUCCAAAUCUAUACACUUUCCUUUGUAUCACUGCUUCUGGACAUUCGCAAGAAUAAUUAUAUUUGUAACAAGAUAAAACAGGGAGCUUCACUACUGUAAAGAGAAAGAAAAUACUUUGACAAAUUGGUUUUGUUACUGCAAUUACUAUUAUGGAAAAAAUCGAAAUCCCAUGGCUUUCCUCCACUAGAAAUAGCACCUAUAUUACAAUUAAUCAUACCAAUUCCACAGGAAAAGGAUCUCUUUAAAUAGAAGAAUGCUCAUUCGCCUCACUAAGGAAUGCUCAUUCACCUCACUAAAGCUUUGUGGGAAACAGUUUGCUAUCCUCUCAGUUGUCUUUAUGUACUCCCUGUUGUCUUAAUACAAGUCCAAAAGACAAAUAAA